UUCUUGGUCUACAAGUUGUAAAGAAAUUGUAUACUUACUAAAAAGUUUGUAAAAAAACGAAUUCAAUAUGAAAUAUUUAUAUUUAAUGGCCAUAACUUUACUUGUUCUUGAUAUGUUUAUGAGGUGUGAAGCUAAUCGUGACAAGCGUGAACCAGAAGAUCCACCAAUGAACCAAGAGACCUGCGAGAUAAUGUGCGGUCUCAAUUGUACCCUGAAUUGUCUCGGACAGUUAUUUGAGUUUUGUUGUAAAUAUUUGAAGUCAUCGACUAAGACCGGCUCCAGAAGAGUUCUUCUUCCUAUUGAUUUCGUGCCUUUAACUCAAUGGAAGAAGCGAGAAGCAAAAUUGAGAUGGACUAAAAUGUUAGUUUAGUCUAGACGGAACCCUAGACGCAAC